UCACCGCUGCCGCCGCCAUCCCGCUUCCGGGGCCCUGCCGCUCUAUUCCGGCCUCUCUAUGGUAGCUCCGUUCCCGGCGGGUGGAGGGCGGAAGGGGCGUGGCCUGCGGCGGAAGGGGCGUGGCGUGACGGCGCUGGCUGUGGCGUGCACCGCACCUCCUUCCUUCCUGUGCCCCCGGGCUCUGGCUCCCGCCGCGGCUGGAAAUAUGUCCGAGGGGGUGGAUCUGAUCGAUAUCUACGCCGACGAAGAGUUCAACCAGGACUCCGAAUUCAGUAAUGCUGACCAGAUGGAUCUGUAUGAUGACGUGCUAGCAGCAAGCUCACAGCCACCUGAAAGCCGCACCAGCAGCUCGGAGGCACCGACCGAGAUCCGCCAGGAGCAAUCCCCCAAGCCAAACAGCAAAUCACCUGCCAUCCUGUACACCUACAGUGGCCUGCGCAACAAACGGGCUGCCGUGUAUGUGGGCAGCUUCUCCUGGUGGACGACUGACCAGCAGCUGAUCCAGAUUAUUCGCUCAGUGGGGGUCUACGAUGUGGUGGAGCUGAAAUUCGCAGAGAACCGAGCCAAUGGCCAAUCCAAAGGGUAUGCAGAGGUGGUAGUUGCCUCUGAGAACUCAGUCCACAAGCUCUUGGAGCUGCUGCCUGGCAAGAUCCUUAACGGGGAUAAGGUGGAGGUGAGACUGGCCACCCGGCAGAACCUGUCGCAGUUUGAGGCACAGGCUCGGAAACGGGUGCCGCCGAGGGCUCACUCCCGGGACUCCUGGGAUUCGAUGGAUGGCCGAGCCACGCCGACAGAGAAUGCCGUGCCGCCCCCUCGUGUGGAGAAGCCCCCUUCCGUGCUGCCUUUCUUUAACCGCCCCCCUGCUGCCAUGCCCCUCAUGGCCCUGCCCCCUCCCCCGAUGCCUCCCCCGCCACCACUCUCCUCCAGCUUUGGAGUGCCACCUCCCCCGCCAGGAAUCCACUACCAGCAUCUAAUGCCCCCUCCUCCUCGACUGCCCCCCCACCUGGCCGUGCCACCUCCAGGGGCGGUCCCUCCUGCCCUGCACCUUAACCCGGCCUUCUUCCCCCCACCAAAUGCAACACUGGCCCCCCCGCUGGACACCUACAAGGCCUCUGCAGCAUAUAACCACAGCAGUCGAGAGCUGGGCCCACUGCCACCCCCGGUAAGCGAAGCCGAGUUUGAGGAGAUUAUGAACAGGAACCGAGCGAUUUCCAGCAGUGCCAUUUCCAAAGCGGUGUCCGGAGCCAGCGCAGGGGAUUACAGUGAUGCCAUAGAGACCCUGCUCACGGCCAUCGCCGUUAUCAAACAGUCCCGUGUAGCCAACGACGAGCGGUGCCGCGUCCUCAUCUCCUCCCUCAAGGAUUGUCUUCAUGGGAUCGAAGCCAAGUCCUACAGCAUGGGUGCCAGCAGCAGCUCCUCCAGAAAAAGACACCGGUCUCGGGAGAGGUCGCCCAGUCGGUCCCGCGAGAGCAGCAGGAGGCACCGGGACCCACUCCAUAAUGAGGAUCGGCACGAGGACUAUUUCCAAGAAAGGAACCGGGAGCAUGAGAGACAUCGGGACAGGGACAGAGAAAGGGACCGGCACCACUGAGAAAGCAUGUGUUCCAGGAGGGAAAGCCCCAAGGGAGAAGAGAAGGGAAUGUUCCCAUAUCUCCUCUGAUGGCUGCUCAAUAACCAGCACUGAAGUCCCUCAUUGGUGGUUUUCCAUUGAAACUGCAACCAGCUUGGUGCUGCUACUUAUUCAUAUGCAUCAGCAGAGUCAUUUCCAGCCCCGUUCCUCUCCUUCCUGUGUCUCCUUCACGUGAUUGAACUGUAGUAGGCUGUGAACCCACAUUGCCUGCACUGAACAGUAGAGAGUGAGCUCCUUGCCCUUUGUACUCUGUCCUCCUUUCUAGGUUCAGUGUGAGGACUGGGCUUUCCUUGGUCAGGUAUCCUCCAGCUAUGGAAUUCCUUUCUGGGGUUAGCCUGCCAGAGUCCCACACUGGCUGAUUACAGCACCCUGCAAUGUCCUCACUUCCUGUUAACCAUCUUCAGAACUAUUGGACAUUGAGCUCUGCUGUUUGUGGGUGGCUUGGCUGGGGAGAAGUUGUUUGUUGGAUUUUUAGGAUGGAAGUGUCAAUAGCAUGUGUGUCCCCCCCAUCUCCCCCUAGUAGUGGGGGGGACAUGAUAGUGGUCUUCAAAUACUUGAAAGGCUGCCAUAAAAAAGAUGAAGAAAAGUUAUUCUCUCUCGCUACAGAGGACAGGACAAGAGGCAAUGGGUUCAAGCUAUGGCACUGCAGAUUUAGAUUAAAUCUGCUUCCUAAUUCUAAGAACAGUAGGGCAAUGGAACAGACUGUCUAGUGAGGUUGUGGAAGCUCCUUCACUGGAGGUUUUCGAAAGAAGCUGGAUAGCCACCUGUCUUGGAUGGCUUAGACACAACAAAUCCUGCAUCUUAGCAGAGGGUCAGACUAGAACUAGAUCACCCUUGCGGUCCCUUCUAACCCUGCUGCUCUCUGGUUCUAUUAUAGCUCUACUGGAGAGGGCCACGCAACCUUUUAAAUUAGGGCUGAUGUGUCAGGGCUGCCAGCUUCAGGCCAUGUGCUCCUUUCAGUCCACUAUUUCAGAAUCACUUGGUGGGUGGGGGGAAUGGAGGGCACUGCAGUUUCCCCCGUGUCUACCCAGAUGUACAGCCUCUCCUGCUUUCUGUCGGGGCUUUUGUACAGCACUUAGUCCUAAAGAAUUAAAAACAGCUACCCACUAGAUUUGCCUUUGAAGGUCUUGACUAAAGCCCAGCCGCGUGACCCAUACGCUGCCCCUGCUCCCCUCUGAGAGAGGCCGCCACUAAGGAACAAGCUGACUCAGAAAUUACAAAGCAUCAACCCUGCAAACAUAGCAUCCCCUGGGAGCUCUCCCAAUCCUGCCUGGGCAGCUGGGCUAAUGCCAGGAUUUCUGCUGCCUCCCCUACCUCUAGCCGUACUGAAGUGGGCAGCGUUAGAACUACAGACCAGCCUCCAGUAUCCGCUCGAGAGCCCCGGUGUUUUGGUCCCGUUCCUUCUGUGUGGGAAAGUUCUCCCCGCAGGACUCGAUGCAUUGGUUGGGCUGCCUCUGGGUGAGACAUAGGAUGGUGGUAUUCUUAGUCUGUUGCAGGGGGAGUACUCUGCGUUCUUUGUGCAGCUGUGAGGAUUUUAUUUGGCAAUGGGCUGGUGCCUCUUAAAUGAUCUGCCUACUGCUGGAGUGCCUUCUCCUCUGAGCACUGCCACACCCCGACACACUACUGAUUUGUACUAGGGUAAGACCAGGAGGCCCCCCACUGCAACUGGGCCAGCUGCUGAGUUUCUUACCCAGAUCAAAACAUUGGUCUCCAGGGGAGCCCUGGGUUUCAAACCCAUGAUUGCCUUAUGCUUUUAAACGUUCAUCCCCCACCCCAAAAUGUUUCCAAUGUGAGCACUGUCCAGGCAUGCUGGGGGCCUGGUGGUUAAAGCAAAGAAAGGGGGAGUUGGGAAUGGAGCCAAGCUUUUUUUGCCACUGAUUAACAGUGAAUUUUGGCAAUUUACUUCUCUUUUCUGUGCCUCAGUCCCCCCUGCCCCCCUCCAAUGGCCGUAAUAUUUGCCUACCUGCCACGUACUUCUGACUUAACCCAUUACCCUUGUGAAGCGCUCAGAUCCUCGGCUGAAAGACAUUCUAGAAAUGCCCUGUGUAACCUGGUCUAAUUAGCACAUCCUUUGGUAUAGAGAACUGCCUGGGGUAAGUCCCCUCUCAGCAGAACCCGUGUGGUUUGCAGGAUUUAUUCCGGAAUGUACAUUAAAUAUUCCAGGUGAAAUGACUCCCCUCUCGGUCACUGGUUCCAAUCUAGCCUGGGUUGGUCAUGACCUUCUGGCGAUUUGACCUGUGCAGGUUUGGCUGAUCUCAGUCCGGUUCCUAGUGCACAAAAGUCCUCGCUGGAGAGCCCAAGAUCUGUUAGACAUGAAUUAGCUUCCUUGGCAUUCCCAGCUGUUCAGCUGAGGCCAGAAUGGGGCUGUGGAGAUGGAGUGCCUCUCUCGCUCCUACAGGUGGCCACGGGGCAGGGGCAAGGCACCUCAUCUGGUGGAGCCUGCCCUGGGGGUGGAGGACUUCCCUCUCCAAGGCCAUGGAUGCUGCACCUUGAUCCUGUCAACACCAAACUUGCACGAAGACAAAUGUUAAAAGGCAGGUCCGUGGGGGGCCUUUGCCUCCAAUGGGGGAGGCUGACUGGGCCCCAAGCAGAUCCUUGCUGAGCAGUUGUCAUCAGUGGCAACUCAGUGCCUGGUCAGUGCAGCAGGGAGACUGUGUGACCUGUUGUCUUGUUCUGUCCCUUCCAGGAGUUUGGUUGGCAGUAAGUGUUUUUAAUGGACUUGUAUCUCCUCACCUCGAUCAGGACUGAAGGACGGAGGCCGCUCCACCCCUCUCUUCCCCACUGCCCCCAGCUCCUUCCAGGCACCCAGGGAAAGCCACGUCGCCUGCGGGACUCCAGCUGGCACAUGGUGACCUCGGGACCCACACUCGCUGCUGCUGCUUCCUGGGGAAAUGCUGGAAGACGUGGAGUUAGGGAGGGAUAGCAUCGGGGCCACUGUGAGCAGGGAGUGCUCCAGUCCACGGAUACUUGGACCCAAAGAGAAAUGGUGCUUUUCCAUGGAAGCUUGUGAGCUCCUUCCUCUCCGUGGCCCUUCUGGGGACAGCUGGAAGGGAAUCCAUCACCCUUGUGUGUGCUGGGGAGGGUUGGAGGUGGGGAUGCAGAUAUCUCUGCGUGGUGUCUGCUGCCUGGCCUGCUUGGCUCACUGGGGCCAGUAUCCAUGCCCUCCCAUGGUGCGCUGUCUUCUCGUCCUGUGUGGGGGAGCUCUCCUGAGGAGUGCGAUCCCUUCUCCCAACCAGUUCCAGGCCUGGCUUGUCUGGCCCAUUAUACUCAGCUUAGAUAACAGCAUUUCCUCUUCCUCCUGCCUCAUGGAGAGCAGGCUGGCUGCUGCCUCCCAUCACCUCUUUCUGUUCCCCGUUCCCAUUCCUGUAGGCACCUCUGAGUCCUCUGCGUUCUGCCCUGGCUCAUCUAGGGGGCUUGUCCAGAACAGAGGUGGCCCCUCUCGGCUGGACUCAACACCUCUGGCUCUCCAUGCUGAUCUCAUGCAAUAACUGUUCCAGUUCACGUUUUUCCCUACUGCAAGCCCCAGCCACCUGUUUCUCCAGAGCCAGCCUCCUCCCAGAGAGGCUGCCUUCCUUGUUUUAGAGGAAGUGGCAUGGGCUGAGAGUUGUGAUAUCGGUGGAUGGAGAUGGGGUGGGCUGGGGGCUGGCUGGAUGAGCCCAACCACUGAUAACCUUGUGAGCUGCUUAGCUUUUUUGUGUGGUGGGAGGUGCAUUGAUUCCAGGGAUGGAGAACUCUGGUAGGGAAUCCCGCCCCUUCAUAAACACUCUAGGAAUGGGAGCUCCCAUUCGAGCGCUGCAUGGGGGGUUUCUUUAGACAGCACCGCUGCUUGCUAUUGCUCUACAGUGUGUGAUGGUGAGCAAAGGGUUUGGGGCGGCUGAGAGUUGGUCUACAUCUAGCUAAGGAGCCUUGGUGCCUGUUCUAGCACAUGGGCUGAUUGUGUCCAACAGUGCGAUGCCUGAAAGGCCAGGGGGAAACAUAACCACCAUUUCCACCACAGCCUUCAGCUGGUGCUUCUCGAAGGCUGGUGGAGUAGGUGGUGUGGAAGGAGCCAUGUUCCCUCGAGCAGAGGAUGCUGUAGGGUACAGGUGGCCAGAGAGCAGCCUGCAUGUGUCACACCACAGUGGCGUCUGAGCAGCAGCCUGUGGAGACUACACAUCCCAGCAUGCAAUUCUCCAGUCACUUAGCUCAAGCUAUAACACGUUGCAUGCUGGGACCUGUAGUCUCCAGAGCCUGCACCUUUAUGUAAGACUGAGGUCAGCAAUCACCUGCUGCAUUUCAUGCCAUUCAGUGUGGCCCUCCUGGCAAGUUGUAGACACAGCUGGGCAAAACCUGGGCACCAUCCCCCCAGCAGGGGGUCUCGUGCUCCAGUUGGGCACAUCAGAGAGGGUGGCAGGGGCCGAGAGUGCACAGCCUACCUGGAGGUUGGUGAAGUGAAGUGACACCUCCGUAAGAACUGUGAUCGGUGAGCAAAGGCCAGCUCUGGAUGUCUUUUUUUAAAAGAAAAUGAAAAAAUACGGAAACUUAAAGUGAGGUGACAUUAAAAAAAAAAAAAGUGUAAAAUACCAGAAAACCCUUUGACAGGAGAGCGUUCUGUUUUUUUUACGUAAUGACACAAAUUUUUAGUUUAUUUCAGAAUAGUGGGGGGAGGGGGGAUGAUAAAAAAUAAAAUAAAAAGCAACGCCCCAAUUCCCCUCCCCCAGUUCUCGGUGAUUUGAUUUUUGUCUCUUUCUGAUAGGUUGGAAAUUGUGUAAUAAACUUGAUGACGUUGUCAAUCUUUUAUACUGCAUUCUAUGUUUUCUUUUUUUUUUCUCCUUUUGUAACAAAAUAUUUUAAAUAAUAAAUGGGGUGUGAGCUGUUUUACGGAA